AUGGAUGGGCUGUUCCUCUUCCGCACCGUCACCUUCCACCCCCCGCACAACUUCACCCAGUGCACGACGCGGGGCAGCUUCCCCCAGCCCUGGCACGAGACCCUCUACAACAUGCUGGGCUUUGCCUGCCUCUUCCUGCUGCCGCUGCUCAUCAUGGUCUGCUGCUACGCUCGCAUCCUCCUGGAGAUCUCCCGGCGCAUGGGCUCCAGCCUCUUCUCCUCCCGGGAUGUGUCACUGCGGCGCUCCCAGAACAACAUCCCGCGGGCACGGCUGCGCACGCUGAAGAUGAGCCUGGUCAUUGUGUCCUCCUUCAUCCUCUGCUGGACCCCCUACUACCUGCUGGGACUGUGGUACUGGUUCUGCCCACGGGCCAUGGAGAAGAGGGUCUCGCCAGCCCUCACCCACAUCCUCUUCAUCUUUGGCCUCUUCAACGCCUGCCUGGACCCCAUCACCUACGGGCUCUUCACCAUCCCCCUCCCCAGGGGCUGGGGCUGCCCCUGUGGUCCCCCCCCUGAGCCCCAGCCGCCCUCCCCGGCCACCGGCUCCUUCCACUGCUCCGCCUCCUCCUCCUCCCUGCCGCCCAAGCGGGGGGUCCCAGGGGCACGGGGGCAGUGGGAGCCCACCAGGACAGGGCUGCCUACAGGCACCAGCUCCUGCCAGAGCAGCUCCCUGUGAGCCAGGCGUGGCCUCCUGGCCAUGGGGACACCCUGGGGGGCUCAGCAGG